AUGAGUUCGGACGGCGAGAACCAGGUCCUCCUUUAUGACCCUAAACCGGUGCCGACAUUGCACAUCCCGCCAGGCGCUGCAGCCAAGGUUCAAAUUAUUGACACGACCUCCCGCCUCGACGUGCCCUUACAGGUCUUCAUGGGCCCAACACAAUUUGGGCAUGAGAUUCUCAAGGUGCCAUCCUUCUCUUUCCUCAUCGAACAAGUGUCUUCGGGCAGGAAAAUUCUUUUUGACCUCGGGUGCAGGAAGGACUGGCAAAGACUUCCGCCUCCUGUGUUGGGGCUCGUAACUCAGCCGGGUUGGAAGAUUGAGGUCAAGAAAGACUCAGUUGCUCAGAUCUUGCAAGAGAACGACGUCGAUGUUGCUGGCGGUGCUAUUGAAGCCAUCAUCUGGAGUCACUGGCACUAUGACCACACUGGAGACCCCAGCACCUUUCCAGGGCGUACAACCUUGAUUGUUGGACCCGGUGUGAAGGAGACGUUGCUUCCGCCAUAUCCCGAGAACGAAAAUUCGCCGCUCCUGGACACUGAUUUUGCAGGCCGAGAGCUGAAAAUCAUCGACUUCGAGAACCAAACCACUCUUCAUAUUGGCCGCUUCCUCGCAGUCGAUUAUUUCAACGACGGAUCCUUCUAUCUCCUCGACGCGCCAGGCCACGCGAUCGGCCACAUGUGUGGCCUUGCACGCGUGACAUCGACGCAGGAUGGUGACGCGGAAGACACAUUCGUCCUCAUGGGUGCCGACGCGGCACAUCACGGCGCUGAACUGAGACCUUCAGAGUAUCUCCCGCUUCCAAAGACCCUCGAUCCUACACCCUACGCUGCUCAAUACCCAACCGUCUGCCCCGGCCACAUCUUUGAAACAAUCCAUCCGCGGAAGAAAGGGACCGAGCCAUUUUACCACAUCCACGACGGUGUCGCCCAUGACCCGAAGCAAGCGCAGGAGAUUGUCGGCAUUUUGCAGGAAUUUGACGCCAUGGACAAUGUCUUUGUCGUGAUCGCUCAUGACGGCAGCUUGUUGGACGAGAGGGUCGAAACUGACUGGUUUCCGCGAGGGACAUUGCGGAACUGGAAGCAGAAGGACUGUGCGCGCAAGGCUAGAUGGGGUUUCUUGGAGGAUUUGACCAAGGCCGUCGAGCAUGCAACUGCAGCCGAUCAUUGA